CUUGUGUGGUACUUUUAAUAAAAAAUGGUUUACGAUAUAAAAGGUAAAAAUGCUCUUGUUACUGGUGGCGCUUCCGGUAUUGGUUUGUGGUUUGUGAAGGAAUUAUUAAAAUCAGGCGCAAAUAAAGUUUUUGUUUUGUAUUUGCAUACUGAAAAUGCAGGAGAUAUAAGCAAACAAUUAAACAUCGAAUAUGGCCGUGAAUGCACUUGUUUCCAAAAAGUAGAUGUUUCAAAUGCCACACAACUAGAAAAUGCAUUCAAAACAUGCAUUAAUUGGUGCGAACAAUUAGACAUUGUUAUCAACAAUGCUGGUGUUAUGAAUGACGGAAAAUGGGAAAUGGAAAUCGCAAUCAAUAUUAAUGCAGUAGUUCGUGGAACAAAAUUAGCCUUCCAAUAUAUGGGUAAAGACAAGGGUGGAAAAGGUGGUAUUGUCGUAAACCUUUCCUCAAUUCUUGGCUUACAACCAUUGGCUGGAUGUCCAAUAUAUGUUGCAACCAAACAUGCAUUGAUUGGAAUGGAUCGUUCAUGGGGUACUCCAUUCCAUUAUAAUCGUACAGGAAUUAAAGUUUUAACAAUGUGUCCGGGUGUGACAGAUACUCCUUUGAUAUCUGAAGCCCAUGGUUUACAAGGAGACGAUAUUCUUGGUCGUGAGUGUCAACGUGAACUCGAUGCAAUGCCCACACAAUCACCAGCCCAUGUUGCGCAAAGUAUGAUGGCAAUGAUUACAAAAGGUGAAACUGGAUCUGUUUGGAUUUGUGAAGGCGGUCAACCAAUCUAUGAAGUUGAAAUCCCAGACAGAUUAACACUCAAACGUAAAAAUUAAAAUACCAAAGA